AAAAACAACUCACGCAGAGACGUCGACGUCAAUUUACCAUCAAAUUCAAAUGGAAGUGAUAUAAUUAGUGAAUAAAAUACGACUAUACAACGAAUAAUGUAUAAAUUGUAACAAGAAAUAGAAAAUUAAAAAUGGCCGAUGAACAAUCACAGAUGGACAGGAACUUGAAACAGCUGACGGAGAGAGUGGAGAAGAUAGGAAACAUUCAGACCAACCUCGGCAACAAAUACGAGGGGCUUAAGAGAACCGUGGAAGAUAUACAGAGAGUCGUCGGCCAGUUGGCGGAGAGGAUCACGGGCUUAGAAGACGGAGCGGAGAAGAAGAGAGUCAGAAACGAUCUGAACAGCAUGAAGACGAGGAUCGACGAGCUGUUCCUCAUAGUGAAAGACGGGAAGGAAGACGACUCGCUGAGAGGAGACGACCUCCGAGACGUGGACUCCAGCCACUCGGGGCUGUCGGGCUCGUCCAAGGUUACCAUGACGACGGGUCUGGACCGGGACACGAUACGGGCCGCCUACGAGGACGUGCGCUCGGACUCCUCGCCCACUGAGUGGGCGGUGUUCAAGUUCGAGGGCACGCGGAUCGUGUGUGCGGCGCGCGGCGGAGACUUCUCAGAGUUCCGCACGCACUUCGCCGACGACGAGAGAGCGUUCGGAUACCUCAGGAUGCAGAUGGGGGACGAGAUGUCGAAGAGGAAGAAGUUCAUGUUGAUGACGUGGGUGGGACCCAACGUGUCCGUCAUCAACCGCGCCAAAAUGUCCACCGACAAGGCCAUCAUCAAGGAUAUCAUUUCCAAUUUCGCCGUCGAACUUCAGUUAGAGAGUCAAUCAGAAAUAGACAUCGACCAAUUCAAAGAAGCUCUCAAUAGAGCGGGCGGUGCCAACUACGGUACUGGAAUCCGGGAUUUAUGAAUCAUAAAAUAGACAUCGCGUGCAUCUUGCUACAAAUAUCUACAAUAUCGACUUAGCAAUACUUUCCUACCAAAAACUUAUUUGACUCGAACCACGUGCUCGUCUAUAGUAACAAACUUUUUAUAUUUUAACAAAGUAUUGCUACGUAGAAUAUUUGUAAACGUGAGAAAUCUUUCUAAAAUCAGAUCGAAAUUGGCAUAAUCAAAAUUUUCUCGUACUUUUAAAGUUAUCGUAAAGGACUUGACAACUUUUGUAAUAUUUCUAUGAUAUAAACGUUAAAUUUCGAUAAUAUUUUGUAAUAAUAUAUAUAUUGUGUGACAAUAUAUUUUAAUAACUCUUUAUGUAGUAUUCCCGGCGGCGACUCAGCCUCCAGGGAGUAUUAGUUCCGUUUGUCAUAAACCACACCCGAGGACAGUCGUCCGUCCCGCGCGAGGCUGUGCCGCCGGCGGGACGCGUGCCGGGGUCGCCUCGCGCGCUGAACUGCAUUUAUUUCGGUGUACAUUGUAUAACGACUUGCUUUUAUAUACCGAGUAGUGCUCGCUGUACCGGCUGCAUCAUUACCGAUGACUGGUAAAUACAAUUAACCUAAA